UCGUACGCGACUCGACUCGUCGCGAUUGGCUGGUCGUUCUGCGCACGUUGUCAUGCUCACGAAGGCCGUGACGUCAGAGUACCAUCGGCCAAUGCCGUCUCGCAGAUCCGCAGUGUUGGUCGGUGUGAGAGCGUGCAUGCGAUACGCGAGAGUGUGUGCGUGCAUUCGAUGGGUACGCGAGAAACCACGCGGAACGGUGGAAACGCGAGGACGACCUGGACGACGGAGCCAGCAUCUUGACUCGCGUGACGACGCGUCGCGAAACGGCGUCAGACGCGGCGAUAUGUUAGUCGAGAUAUAAUCGUUUGAAAGGGGCAAUUGGUCGCGCGCGUGCUACGCGUACUUGCAAUUAGUGGAAUCGGUGGUUAGGAGGAAAGAGGAGAGGAGAUAGGGGAACUGUGGAAAAGAGUAAGAGCGAGAGCGAGCCAGAGCCAGAGUCGAGUAGUAGUGGUGGUGGUGGAGAAGGAAGAGGAGGAGGGGAGGAGAAGGCAAAUGCGUCUGGCCGUGGCGCGAGGCGCGACACACACUUACACGCGCGACUGACGCGACGAGAGCGACGGAGAUCGCGGGGGUGAGGGAGAGUAGAUAUAGCGUGGAGUAUAGUAUCGCGCCGCACCUGACAGUCCACGCGGCCCGGCCCCCGAAAAACAUUCUCGCCACGCUAUAUACACGCGAGAACCGCGCCGUGUUUCACUCGGAACGCGAGCGCCAUUGGCAAUGUCGGGAAGUGACAGCCCAACAUUCUUUCACGGCCAGCCCUGGUCUAGCUGGAUCGAAAGAAUCGGACGGGACAAGCCGCUGAACGAUGAAGAAACAGAAGUCCAAGCAUCAAACUCAGUCACACGUCUUUCUUCAGAUGAUAUCGAUUUGUAUGGCUUUUGUCCAGAGAGGGAUGAUUUCUAUGGAGUAGUAUGUGAAAUAUGCGAUGCCAUAGUGAAACCGCAAGCUCUCAUUCAACAUAUAGAGUGUCGCCAUUCCGGCAUGGCAAAUUUUCCACCACCCACGACCCCAGUUACAAAACCGUCCAUAAAAACUCCCUUCUGCAAGGUCUCCAAGCUGAAGAGAAACACUCAACCAUCAGUUCCUUCAGUUUCUGCUUCAAUUCCUAUCGUUGGUAGCGCGAAGCUGAACCACACGACCGUUAAGCGUACUGCGGAUCAGGCGAACUUGUCUGCAGGUAGCUCUCUGCCGAUCUCCUCGUCACCCCGAUCGCCUCUUGAAUCGAUCACAGUACAAACUACCUCUUCUAACAUAGCCGGUUCUUCGAAUAUUAUCAGUGCAUCUACAAAUAGUGGAGGGAGUCCUAGCAAAAGCCCUGGUCCCAGCAGUAAUAGUAGUAGCAAUCAGCCUCGUCGGAAGAGGCUUAAAACGGAUCGCUCGUUGCUUAAAGAUCGCGAGUAUGAUCCGGAUCGGCACUGCGGUGUGUUGAACGAGGAGACCGGCAAGCCUUGCACCAGGUCACUCACAUGCAAAGCGCACACUGUCUCGCUGCGCCGAACGGUCGUCGGUCGCAGCAAGACCUUCGACAAGCUCCUCGCGGAACAUCUGUUAGUGAUAUUGAAAGGCUGGCUCGAAGAAGCUAAUGCAGAAAUAUACUUUCUGGGAAUACAAACGCAGAGGGUGUCGGUUGAUACUUGUUUUCUGUUUUUGUUAUUGCAGGCUGUUGAUUUGCUUUAUCGGUGUCUGGCCCCGCAUGGCUCCACUAAACCUACCAAACUCGAAGAGGACUUUGUUAAUUCGGAGGAGCUGCGGAAUUUAGAGUCGACGCUGGUGGUUAAUUCUACCAUCGCUGGCAACAGUAGUAGCAACAGUAGCAGCGGCUCAUCACAACAACAGUCAAGUUCAAUGAUGGCACCAAUAUCCGUAAUGCUACCGUCACUAUCCCCAUUACCUGGUACCAACAGCGAAGAGUCAUCAGGAAUAGCCACCUUGAUACCAAGUACUACCACGACGCCCACAAUGCCAGUCGUACCGGCACCACUGCCAACCACUUGCAUACAACCACCCACGGUAGUCGCCACUGUACUCGAAGGCGAGACUCCUAUGGACAUCGAUGAGACCAUAUCCAUGUACUCGCCCGUUUACACUACCAAAGACGCUAAAUCCCAGCUACUAAUGCAGAUACAGUCACGGCCAAAUAGCCAUUCAUCACAAUCACCACUCUCAGUCAGGAACUAUCAGCAAAUGCAAGUUUCCAUGCCGAGUUUGAAUUUGUUCGAACCGGUGGAACAGCUGGAGCAACAGCAUGCCAGUCAGAUCAACGGCAAGAGACUGAAUCAUGCGAGCUCGGUAUCGCGGCAACAGAAAAGGCACAAAUCACAACAUGAGCAACUGUGCCAAUCGUCGCAAGAUUUUCCAACGUCUGCGUCGAUCCAGGUCGAAGCAACGACCACAUCCUCGCCAUAUCCUCAUUUCGGCGACAUCUCCUGGUCGAAUUGUCACCCGGAGCCAUUGGCAGUUAGUCGGUGGCUCCGUAUCUCUUCCAGCCGCAAACAAUACAACUUCAAUAUUCACUGACAUAAGACCCCACCCACUCCGGGCUGAGGACCGUGUGCCGCGGGCGUCGUUUGUCUACCUCUUUAUCUUCACGCGACCCUCUUUUUCUUCAUCGUCGCCCACGCCAUCAUCCUAGUCAUCGUCGCUAUACAGUCGAUGUUGCGUCCACAGCCCGUCGAGGGGGGAAGACUCUUAUUUUCGCUAUCAUGUAUGAUUACUUCGCGCAAUGAGAUCAAUUGUGAUGUAUCACUUUGGGCAACACUCCUGUCCAACUUGAAAUGCGCAAUAUGAUUUUUCACUAUUAAUAUCGCGCAGCAUGAAUCUGUCAGACUCAGAUCACGAAUGCGCUGAUUGCCGUGGAGCAUCGAGAUCGUGAAGAAUUCUCGAUCAACGGCCUAUGAUGAUCGCGUAUGUGGACGUGUACCUGAAUUCACGGAACUCCAUAAAAAGAAGAAACGGGUUGAUGCUCUAUUUCCGUUUAUUUGCUGAAUUUAUAAUGUAAAAUAGAUACAAAGAGAUCAAGAGAGAUAAACUGAUACGAGAAUAAUUGAGAGCAUGUCUCGAUAACAGUGAAUGAAUGAAUGCAUAACAACAUUGCGAUAUCAUAAUUUAUACAUAGAAUCCUCACGGUUCCAUCUACUACUGAGAGUUUUAUUAUACGGCUCAUCACGUCGCAGAACAUUCCUUCAGUCCUGUUUUCUUAACAACACGUGUCACGACUCUCUUACAGUGAUUGCGGAAACGAAUUUUUUAUUAGAUGAUUUCGAAGUAAUUUUCAAGGUAAGAGUUUAUGUUUUGUAUCAAGAAUAUUUCAGUUAUAAAUUGAG